UCCCGUGGGCCCUCCCGCGGGUGUGGUCCCAGGAGGCCGCAAGCGUGUGUGUUGCGGGGGUGGUCGGUGUCGUGGUGACUCAGGCCCGCGGGGCGCCCCGCGUGGGGCGGGCCUCGCCUCGCGCCCGGACGUUGGAGGGGGUCACAUCCGGCGGGAGGGGGCGGGCCUCGCGGACCCGGAAGUGUGGGCGCGGGCUGUGGUUGAGCCCGCGGCGAGGUGGCGGCGGCGGCGCCCGGGGCAGGGAAAGAUGGAGACGCUGAAAGAGAAGACCCUGGAGGAGCUGGAGGAGAUGCAGAAUGACCCGGAGGCCAUUGACCAGCUGGCCCAGGAGUCCCCAGAGGUCCAGGACCUGCAGCUGGAACGGGAGAUGGCACUGGCCACCAACCGGAGCCUGGCCGAGCAGAACCUGGAGUUCCAGGGUCCCCUGGAGAUCAGCCGCUCAAACCUCUCGGACAAGUACCAGGAGCUCCGGAAGCUCGUGGAGCGGUGCCAGGAGCAGAAGGCAAAGCUAGAGAAAUUUUCGUCAGCACUGCAGCCGGCGACCUUGUUGGACCUUCUGCAGAUCGAGGGCAUGAAGAUUGAAGAAGAGUCGGAGGCCAUGGCUGAGAAGUUCCUGGAGGGCGAGGUGCCCCUGGAAACGUUCCUGGAGAACUUUUCAUCCAUGAGGAUGCUGUCUCAUCUGCGCCGGGUUCGCGUGGAGAAGCUCCAGGAAGUGUUGAGGAAGCCCAGAGCUUCCCAGGAGCCCGCUGGGGACGCCCCUCCUCCCCGCCCGCCACCCCCACCUCGCCCCGUCCCCCAGGCGACACCCCCUCUGGCCGAAGAGCACCUGCCACCGCCACUGCAGCCAUCUGCCGUGCCUCCCUACCCUUUGCCCUACAGCCCGUCUCCUGGCCUGCCUGGGGGCCCCACCGCCCAAGGUGCGCUCCCGCCGGCCCCCUUCCCUGUGGUGUCACAGCCCUCCUUCUCCUUCAGUGUGCCCCCAUACCCAUCAGCCCAGCCAGGACCCAGGGCUGCUGCCGGCUACUCCUGGUCCCCACAGAGGAGCACGCCGCCCCGGCCAGGGUAUCCCGUGGGCCCCUCUGGUGCCGCUGGCCCCGGGUACCCGGUGGCGGGGAGCCAGGUCCCCAGUCCUGGUUAUCCUCAACAGACCCCCUACCUCUCAACAGGAGGGAGACCUCCUUACCCAACGCAGCCCCCACUCCCGAGCUUCCCAGGCCAGCCCCGGCCCUCAGGCCCCUCUCAGCCACCCUAUCCCCCCGGGCCCGCCCCUCCCUAUGGGUUUCCCCCACCUCAGGGUCCUGCCUGGCCUGGGUACUAGGCAGGUCCUGGCCCUGGGCCCCUCCACACUUCCACCUGUACCACAAGGUUUGGCUCGCCCACCGCUGAGAUUCGAGGUUAAAUUGGAAGUGGAGUUGGCCCUCGCUGUGGACUUGUGUCGGCAUACGGGGGCCUUGGGAGGACCUGGCUGGGAGCACGCAGGCCCAGAAAGGCCCCGGGCAGUGUGACUGGCUCGGCUGCACCAGAUGUCACGGCCCAUACUGGCCUCCCCCGGGAAGGGAAUGCCUCCUUUCAGUGACUGGCUUUUGCCUUUCCAGUGCUGGCCAGGCGCGGCGUCCGGGACCUCCCGUGGGUGUGAGCGAGCCAGUAUGUGUGUUUGUGGACAUCUCGUGCCUGCGCUCACGGGCAUCUGAGCCAAAUGUAGCAUUGUCUCCGCGGUGCGGUGGCCGGGUCUCCGGGUCCUGCUCACCCCUCUCUCUCCCCAGGAUUUGGCAGAUUCCGCAUGGUGCCCAUGCCAAGGAAUGCAGCCCUUCGUGUCUAUCUGGUCCAUUCAGGGGUGGCCUGCCCCGCACGCCAUGGCUGGGGUUGGAUCAAAGGGAGAAAGCAGAGUUAGGAAAAACACUUAAUGACUUCGAAGUCACGUAAAGCCAUAAUUGAACUCUCAUAGGCUGCUGUCGGAUAAACUUGUCCUGUGUGCUGGUUUGAACGAGAGCAGCAGAGCCAGCACAGGGAGAAGGCGGGGACUGAGAAGGUGGGCCCCACACCUGGCUGGCGCCAGUUGGAGAAUCCGGGGGGCCACUGAGGACCCUCUGGCUGGAGAGGGGGGAGGAACUCUGGCCCAGGAGAUUGUGGCCACACUGGGGCUCAUUUAGGAGCGGAGGGCAGUCACCUCCCUGCCACCCUCUCUUCUCUGGGGCCCUCCGCUUCCGGUUGACUUCUUUGAGGCCAGCCCCCUCCGUCCACUCCUUUAGUGCCUUGUGUCUCAUUCACAGCAGUCCCCUCCCUCAUCCGCUUCCUCUGGCUCCCUUGAUGUAACUCUCCCUGCCCCCAGUGUCUCUCCUAAGACAGACAUCUAAAGAUGCCCUAACAGUGACCUCCCAGUGGUGCUUUCCAGAACACCAUCACUCUGUUGGAGUCCAUUUCUUUGCAUCUCUCUUGUCUUCAGAAUGUAAAGGGCAGGGAUUGUGACUCCAUGACACGUGUAGCCCCCAGCACGUUGGGGGGUUAAGCGUGUUCACUUAUAAAAAUGACAAUAGACCAACGGGGGUGUGAUGAGCGAAGCAUUAACUUGGUGGUUCCAGGCGUGAACCAGGUCUCAAGGGCAGACCCUGGAGCUGCUAUUGGUUAGAAGUCAUAUGUGCCUUGAAAUGUCCACUAUUUGAGUACCCAGCACCAGGUGGGCCUGGGGUGUUGGGGGCCAACGAGGAAACUCGACCUUCUGGUGCCUGCCCCCUCCCCGGCCCGUGUGCCAUCAGUGGGUGUGUGUGCGCGUGACAAGAUGCUCCAUUAGCGCUGUCGGUUCCUUGCCAAUUUUGUUGCUUCUCGUAAGUUAUUUAUAAAGAGAAAUCACUAAUGGACUCUACUGGCUCGAGCGCUUUUGAACUGGAUGAAGGAUCGCCCGUCUGUUUGUAUAAUUAAUUGCCAUAAUAAACUUUGAUGAGUUACAA